AUGCUGAUAGAAUCAAUAAAAAUCAAGAUACCAGCACAACAGAAGCCACCACUUAUCAAUAUCAGUUCAUCUCCACCUGCUGGUCCUGCCCCCAAAUCUCCAGACAUCUUCUCUGCCGAGUUCACUCCCAAGAAACCCUCCUCCAUCAUCACCAAGCCAUCUGUCCUAUGGUCUGACCACGAAGCCGACUACAAUAUUUCACCCAUUGCAUUUCAUACGCCAACCCGACAGUCCAGUAAUAAUUCCCCUGCUAUCUGUGUCUCGUCACUGCCACCACUUCCAAAAUUUCACAAGCGUAUCCGUACUCUCAUCAAAAAUCUUCCCUCACCUAACCGAGAUGGCCCAGUGGAAAUCACUAGUGGAGAUGAAGCAUUGUCGCUGUCGGGCUCAGAUGAUUCACUCAUAACCUCACCUCGAAAAAUUCAAGUUCCCAUGAAACGUUUGCAUGGCCGGCCACGUAAGGAGCAGCCGCAGCCCUCGGAGUCAUUCUGUGUAAAGUUAUAUGUUGAGGUUCUCGGAGAAAUGAAGAUGGAGCAGACGAAGUCAAAGCGUGGUGCUCCUAAGAUGGUUAUGGAGGAAUCUCAACUCUUUGGCCCUCAGAACUUGACAAACAUGGAUACCUAUGAAGACUUUCUUGAGGCAUGUGCUGACAUGGUGCAUAGUGAUCCCAAGAAUCUCGCCAUUGCGUCAAUGUCGUGGUCUUUCACUAAAGAUGGAAAGUCGGUCAGGUCAAAAGGUCAGAAGACAGGUGCGGGAUUACCAAUCAUGGACAAUGUGGGCCUCAGUUCAAUGAUUGACGACAUUCGGGCUCUCGUCGAUGACAAAAAAGCGGUGUGCAAAGUCAUGAUUACUAUGGGAUGCCCACUCAGGCCAGGGAAUAGCCUUCCAGUGUGUUCUUUGUUGUAG